GCGUGGCUGAGCCGGGCCCCUGCCCUGGCCUGCACACAGCUCCCUUACUCUGAAGACCGCACGCCUGCCAUUCACCACGCAGUGCUGUCAGUCUGGAUGUACAGCUUCACUCUUGGAGUGGUUUCCUUCUGGCUGAUCCUAGUAAGAAGAGGGGCAACAGAACAUGCAUCUAGAGAACAAAGAUGGUGGGCUGGCCGUUGGCGUGCUGGAGAUGGAGCUCCAUCAGACGUCUGUUCCUACAUGUGCUGGCCUGGGACGGCCAGGGCUGGGGGGGCCUGCCACUCACAACCACAGGCUGCAUCAGGGAGUCAGCAGGGCCGACCCCACAGACACCUGCCCCAUUGGGGCAGCCAGGCAGAGCUGCUGGGCUCCCCCGGACCACGGUUGGAGCUCAUUCCUCACAGAGCAGAGGUCUCCCCCUCUUCUAACGCAGCUCUUCAGCUCCAGGUCUGAAGACCCCUGCUUCACAGAAAACACUCCCUUGCUGAGCAAUUCCUCACAACGGAAAGGGUCUGGGAGAAUGGCUGUCGACCCACCCGAGCUCAUCACAGAUGAAGAAUCCUGGGAAGGCAGCUGCGCUGAGUGGGAGGGAGGCUCUCUGCCAAGCAGUGAGUGGGCUGGCUCUGCAUCUGCCUCCUCGGAGAAGGGGCAGCUUCUGCACAGCGCUCACCUGGGGUUGCGGCUUUCAAAGCUCAGGAGCUGUUUGCGAUGGCUGAAGGUCACCGGCCUGUUUGUCUUUGUGGUGGCAUGCUCCGUUUUAUUUAGCCUGUAUCCAGAUCAAGGGAAGUUCUGGCAGUUGUUGGCUUUGUCGCCCCUGGAAAGCUACUCUGUGAACCUCAGCAGCCGCAUGGACUCCACGCUGCUCCAAGUGGACUUGGCAGGGGCCCUGGUAGCUGGCGGCAUGAGUCGUCCCGGGAGAGAAGAUCAUGUCGUGGUGGAGGUGGCCCAGGCGGACCCUGCAGGCUCCAAGCGGCGGUCACAGCAGGUCACCUAUAAUUGGACAGUGUUCUUAAAUCCGAGAAGAAGUGAGCACUUGGUGGUGAGCAGGACCUUUGGGGUACUGAGCAGAGAGACUGUUUCCAUCAGCAUGCGAGCCUCCCUCCAGCAGACCCGUGUCGUUCCGCUUCUGAUGGCUCAUCGGUACCUCCGUGCAAGUGUAGAAAUACAAGUGGCCAUGGCUGCAGCCAUCCUCACUGGGGUCUACGUGCUGAUUAUAUUUGAGAUUGUUCACAGGACACUGGCAGCCAUGUUGGGGUCCCUUGCGGCUUUAGCAGUGCUGGCUGUGAUCGGUGACAGACCUAGCCUGACCCAGGUGGUGGAGUGGAUUGAUUUUGAAACCCUGGCCCUGCUGUUUGGCAUGAUGAUCUUAGUGGCCAUAUUUUCAGAAACUGGAUUUUUUGAUUAUUGUGCUGUAAAGGCAUACCAGCUGUCCCGGGGAAGAGCAGGGGCCAUGAUCGCCAUGCUGUGUCUCAUUGCCGCCGUCCUCUCUGCCUUCCUGGACAAUGUCACCACGUCGCUCCUCUUCACUCCUGUCACCAUAAGGUUAUGUGAGGUGCUCCACCUUGACCCAAGGCAGGUCUUAAUCGCCGAAGUGAUCUUCACGAAUAUCGGAGGAGCUGCCACUGCCAUCGGGGAUCCGCCUAAUGUCAUUAUUGUCUCCAAUCAGGAGCUGAGAGAGAUGGGCCUGGACUUCGCCGGCUUCACGGCACACAUGUUCGUGGGGAUUUGCUUCGUUCUCCUGUUCUCCUUUCCGCUCCUUAGGCUCCUUUACUGGAACAAGAAGCUUCAUAACAAGGAGCCCAGUGAGAUCGUUGAGCUGAAGCACGAGAUCCACGUGUGGCGCCUGACUGCGCAGCGCAUCAGCCCAGCCAGCAGAGAGGAGACGGCAGUUCGCAGCCUGCUCCUGGGGAAGGUGCUGGCCCUGGAGCGCCUGCUGGCCCGCAGGCUACACACCUUCCACAGACAAAUCUCACAGGAAGAUAAGAAUUGGGAGACCAACAUCCAGGAGCUACAAAAAAAGCACAGGAUAUCAGACAGGACCCUGCUCGCCAAGUGCCUGAUGGUGUUGGCAUUUGUUAUCUUCAUGUUCUUUCUCAACUCAUUUGUCCCUGGUGUUCAUCUGGAUCUUGGCUGGAUUGCUAUUCUGGGUGCCAUCUGGUUGCUUAUUUUAGCUGAUAUCCAUGAUUUUGAGAUAAUUCUACACCGAGUGGAAUGGGCAACCCUUCUAUUCUUUGCAGCACUCUUUGUUUUGAUGGAGGCAUUGGCACAUCUCCACUUGAUAGAGUAUGUUGGAGAACAGACUGCUUUGCUAAUAAAGAUGGUCCCUGAGGACCAGCGCCUGGCGGCUGCCCUCAUCCUGGUGAUCUGGGUAUCAGCUAUUGCAUCGUCCUUGAUCGACAACAUCCCAUUCACGGCCACAAUGAUGCCUGUGCUGAUGAACCUUAGUCGAGACCCUGAGGUCAGCCUGCCUGCACCACCCCUCAUGUACGCCCUGGCCCUUGGUGCCUGCCUUGGAGGUAAUGGAACCCUGAUUGGCGCAUCCGCAAAUGUUGUUUGCGCAGGAAUUGCAGAGCAGCACGGCUAUGGAUUCUCUUUCAUGGAUUUUUUCAGGUUGGGUUUCCCAGUGAUGGUCGUCUCCUGCACGGUCGGGAUGUGUUACCUCCUUGUUGCCCAUGUCGUGAUGGGAUGGAAUUAGUAGAUCUGCAUCACUGGAAGACUAAGGGAAACUUGACCCAUCAUCAGCAUCAGUAGAAAACUGCCCCAGGACAGCUCUUUGAAGAAAAGAAGGUGCUUACAAUGGGGAUGCUCUGGGGUGGAGACCUUUGGCAGCCACACUCUUACUCAGGUGAACACGGCAAACUGUGGCAAAUACAGGAAAAUAUGUAUAUUUUAAAACACUUCUUGCUUUGCUCUGCAGGAAAAGACACAAAUGCAGUAAUCCACCCCAAUUGCUUGUGUAGUUGGUCACUUCUUAGGUUGUCUGUAGUUCUUCAUGUAAUCACUUUUCCUGUGAAAACAUUCAGCAUUUAAAUUGUGUAUCCUCUGAACACAUCUUCUUCCUGGGAAAGGCAUAGAAUUUGUAAGGAAACAUUUAUGUAUUAAAUACAAUAAACUAUUCCUUAACAAAAGGUCUUAGAAUUUGUUAGUCUCUUAUUGUUUUAAUAGUUUAUAUAUGUAAAAUUGCAUUUUAUCCAUUUAUGUAUUUUUCUCAAG